CGGUGUCAAAACCAGCCCGGUAACGGCCAUGGGCAGCCGCUGGGCCGGGCGCCGGACGGGUCUGCCAGCAAAGAGCGGGGCGGAGAGAGCCGCUGGGUCCCCAAAGCCAGAGCUAAGCUAAGGCCCCGGGUCCAGCCUGCGCCAUGCGGAACCGCAGCGGCCGGAAAGCCUUUGACAGCAUCUGUCCCAACAGGGUGGGUGACCUGGGCAGCCGGCUCGGCAAGAAGCCAGCCAGACUCGAGAGGAAGGUGCGCCCGGGAGACGGUCCCGCGCCGCGGAAGAGCUUUGCCAGCGCCGCUCCGGCGGCAGUUCACAGUGACCAGCCGCCCGCCACGGUAGAGCUCGCACUUGCUACUAUCGACUGGCAAGAUUUAGCAGACUGCACCUCGGUCUUUCAGCAAGAGACUUCUAGUGUUGCAGCUGCCCCGCAGAGCCACUGCUUGCAACCUGAACCCGAGUUCGACUUCCAGGAGUUCAGAGAUGCUGUCGAUAGUUUUAUAUGUGACCCAUCCUCCUUAAUGCCACCUCCACUGGACACGGCGGACUUCACUUUUCCUCUCGGCGACGGAUCAGCCUUUAGCCCUUGUAUUCAACGGUCACAAAACAAUCCUCUUCCGCACAUGAACUUGCAAAACUCCGCGGAACAGUACUGGAAAGAUGUGGCAGACCAAAACCAGAAAGCGUUAGGGGAUGCACUGGUGGAAAAUAAUCAGCUGCACGUGACAUUAACCCAAAAGCAGGAAGAGAUCACUUCCCUGAAGGAACGAAACGUGCAGCUGAAGGAGCUAGCUAGCCAGGCGAAGCAGCUGGCCUGUGUGCUCGAUAAACUGAUGAUCCACCAGUCCAAGGAGGGGGCCGACGCUUUCCUUCCCAGGAGCUCAGCUAAGAGAAGCCUGGAGCAGCUGUACGCGGCCAGGCAGGAGGACUGCGCAGAAGUGGAUGAAAUCCUGCGGGAGAUCUCAGACACCUGUAACGCGGCGCUGCAGGCUAUCGAUGAGCACAGAGAGGCGAAGCGCCCGCGGCUGCAGGCGGAGGCAGCACGAGCUCCGGGCAGCCAGGGCCAGGCUAUUCACAUGUACGGGGCGUUCAGCGGCCUGCAGACUUGCAGCAGCCGCAGCGCGGUGGACCUGAGUGACAGCGAGCUGGAGGAAGGUGUGUCUUUCAGGACCUCCAUCACAGAUCACGGCACGAUCCGGACACUAGCUUUCCCCCAGGGAAAUGCUUUCACCAUCAGGACAGCCACCGGGGGCUACAAGUUUAGAUGGGUUCCCAGCUGAGCCAGGAAACGAUCAGCUAACUACACUGGCCAAGGUCUCCCAUGAAAACUUCGCACUGCCUGCACUUGAACUUAGCACUGAUCCGCCGACCCUAGUCCCCCAAGGUGACUUCCACUUACAGGACGUUGUCUGUCGCAAAAACUGGAAGCACUUUUUUUUUGGUAAGGAAAAGAAGCAUUUACCACAAUACAGCUGUGGUGUGUUUUUUCUUUUGAAGCCAUUGCUGUGACCUUUUCAACUUUUGAGCAGGUUCAGAGAGAUACUCUAGAUACUUAAAAAGAAAAGGAGGACUUGUGGCACCUUAGAGGCUAACCAAUUUAUUUGAGCAUAAGCUUUCGUGUAGCUCAGGAAAGCUUAUGCUCAAAUAAAUUGGUUAGUCUCUAAGGUGCCACAAGUCCUCUUUUUCCUUUUGCGGAUACAGACUAACACGGCUGCUACUCUGAAACCUGUCAUUAUGCUAGAUACUUAAAGGGACACUAUCCAUGUGGAUUUUUUUUAAAACCCUGUAAAUAGUGUGAGCCUUGAAACUUUUUUUAAAAAAAAUUCAAAUGUGAAUAAGGGGUUCUCUGCUCCCCUGUUGAUGGUUACGAGGGUCUUUUCAGCCACCAGCUAACUACACAAGGGGAAACAGCAAAACUGACUGUACACACAACUAGUCAAAUACACACCCCAAACGAACUGGGGGGAUGGGGGAGACAUAUGCCGCAGCAACUUCCCUCACUUCUAGUGAUCGUGGUAGGGCAGAUAGAACAUUUUCACACAGCAUCGUGGCUUUCGGGUUGUUGGUGUCCCUUCACAGACAUUGUUUAUUAGCAGUAGUAUUACUGUUCUUGAGAUAUCUUUGAAAGAAAGAUGUUGCCUGGUUUCUCUCGCAGCAGUUUUGUUAGAACGAAUGUGAGGUAAUAAAAUAAUGAUGAUCGAUAGCAUCUUGGGAAAUGCACACACUCUUGGAAGUAUAUUAAGCAUACUACACUUCACUAUUACUGGAAUUUUAAAUCCGGGAAGUUUACAAGGUCACAUUUUAGAGACUGUCUUGUAUACAAUUGUAAAUGUAUUUUUACACCUACUGUGAGCACUAAAUGGUUUUGUACA